CUCACGUUGCUGAAAAGCGCAUCCUUCAGCUUCACUCUCACUCUCGCUCUCGCUCUCGUUCUCGUUCUCGUUCUCGCUCUUCUCCCUGAUUUCUUAUCUCCGAUUUCUCACUUCAACCAUGGGCAAGGGUCCGGGUCUCUACUCCGACAUCGGCAAGAAAGCUCGAGAUCUUCUGUACAAAGAUUACCAGACAGACCACAAGUUCACAAUCACUACCUACUCUCCUACCGGAGUUGCUAUUACUUCAUCUGGAUCAAAGAAAGGGGAUUUCUUUGUGGCAGAUGUCAACACACAGUUGAAGAACAAGAAUAUCACCACUGAUAUUAAAGUGGACACAAACUCUAAUCUUUUUACAACUAUCACAGUUGAUGAACCUGUUCCUGGUUUGAAGACCAUUUUAAACUUCAGAGUUCCUGAUCAAAGAUCGGGAAAGCUUGAAAUUCAAUAUUUACAUGAUUAUGCUGGUAUAAGCACCAGCGUUGGGUUGACAGCCAAUCCCAUUGUCAGCUUCUCUGGUGUAUUGGGAACUAAUUCUCUUGCACUUGGAACUGAUGUGUCCUUUGACUCCAAGACCGGGACUUUCACCAAAUAUAAUGCUGGCUUGAGUUUCAUAAAUUCAGACCUUAUUGCUGCUUUGACACUGAAUGACAAGGGCGAUACCUUGAGUGCCUCGUACUACCAACCCACUAAACCCUUGACCAAUACUUUCAUUGGUGCGGAGGUGACCCAUAGCUUCUCAACUAAUAUGAAUACCAUAACAGUUGGUACCCAGCAUCAGUUGGAUCCAUUGACCACAGUGAAGGCACGGAUGAACAACUUUGGAAAGGCCAGUGCUCUAAUCCAGCAUGAGUGGCGUCCCAAGUCCAUUUUCACACUAUCGGGAGAACUGGACACCAAGUCUGUUGACAAGUCUCCAAAGUUUGGACUUGCCUUGGCUCUCAAACCAUAAAUAAGGUUUGCAAUUAGUUAAACAAGAUGAAUAUAAUCCCAAGUUGAGGAACAACAUUUUUUGAAACAAUUUAUUAGGUGUUUUUGACACAAAAUAAUUCUAGGUGGCUGGACAAACCUAUGAAUUUUCUUUUCUCAGUUUCUAGUCCCCAUAUUCAUAUUCAUAUUCAUAUUGAUCCCUGUAUGAAACUGUUUUGAUGGAUCCUACGAUUUGAGAAGUUCGCUUGAGAUUUUCUUUUAAUCAAUUCACUUCAUGUAUAUUGUUUUGUUUUUUAAUAAAUUUAUUUUUAUAUGAUGA